AAGAUUAAGAAACCAUAAAGAUGAGAAUAUUUUCAAAAAAAGGCUGAGUGGUAGACAGAAAAAACUUAUGAAAUGAAUCAAUUCUUGCCCUUUUCCUCUGGAAUGGGCUUAACUCUAAUUCUUUUUUAUGUAUACAGAAAUGUUGUUUAACUAAAGUAGUCGCUUUAGACAAAAAAAGUGAAUGAAAACACUGAAGAAGUCUUCAGGCAAACAUCACGAUUUUUGCAGAUGUGCAAACAUUUACCUAACAAAAAGCCUAUUGUUCCUGGGGUUUCUAGGUAAGAAAAAUUUCUAUUAGAAUGAUGAUCCUUCGACAGAAAGAAGGAAUAUGUAAAUGUGAACAUAUUUGAAGUGAUAGUCUUACAAAAAUGCUCUAGCAAAUGACAAAAGUCGAAAGUAAAAAUUUGAGGUCUUCAGGGGCGAUUUCUUUUAACAAAUAUUCACAUUAAUUUUGGCACUUCAUCAGAGCAACCAGCUGUUUCUUGGACAACGGGCAGUGGGUUAAUUCUUUGUUUCUAACAGGUAACGUCAGUGAUAUUUACUCCUGUUAAAAGUAAUAUAUUUUACAAAAAUAAAACAUUAACAUGGACACGCUAUUCAGUAUUGAAGACUACUGAAACAGGAAGACCUAACUAGCGGAGAUGAUCCAUGUUAAAGGAUGGGUUUUUCGAAACUUGUAAUAGGAAUUGUUCUGUUUGUCAUCGAUAUGUGGUGUGCUGUGCUUUCCAAAGAAUAUAGUCGGAUUUUAGAGUUCAAGGAACCAGUACCAAACAAAGCGCUUAACGGGCACUUGAUAAGAGCAGAAAAAGUGGCCGACGAAGGAAGCUGCCGCGUCUUCUGCUAUUUGGAGCCAAAUUGUGUGUCCAUCAAUGUAGGUCCGCAAGAAGAUGGCGGUAGAAUUUGCGAAUUAAACAGUAAAACGGAUGGAAGCUCCUCACUUUCCGCACUGCGGCAAAAGAACCAAUACACUUACUAUGGAAUUGAGAAUCCUUGCCGCAGCAACCCUUGUGCCAGAGAGGGAAAAUUGUGUCAAGCGGGAUUCACUGAGAAAGGCUUCCGAUGUGUUUGCCGCGAAAUGAGCGAAGAGGGACACUGCAAAGACUGUCCUACCGAUUGGAAACCGUAUGGAACCUCUUGUUAUGCUGUAUUCACCACUGAACUUUCUUGGAAAGACGGAGAAGACCACUGUAAUUCAAUGAAUGCACGGCUGGUGAAGAUAACCUCUAAGGAUGAGGCUGCUUUUAUUCGUGAGGAUCUUGGUGUCAACUCUCAAAAUACAGCCUAUUGGAUUGGCCUUCAUGAAAAAGAGUCCAAUGAUGAGUGGAAAUGGUCUGACGGAAGUGAGCUAGAUGUGUUUAUCGACUGGAAUACAGGAGAGCCAAACAUAGGGUCCAUAGCUUGCGCUGUGCUGUUUGAUGGAAAGUGGCGCGACAGAAGUUGCUCAGAUAAAUACAACUUCAUUUGUGAGAAAUGAUUACAACCACGGGAACUACAGUGUUUUCUGUAUUUGUAUGGAUAUGCUUAAAGUACAGUGUGGGAUGCAGCUCGAGACAUAACCCAUAGUCCUCAGUACACCAAUCACUGGCCUAACAUUGAACAUUGGAAGAGUAGUACCGCCGGUUUAACAAUAUCACUUUUAGCUUUAAUUAUUAUCGUGCAUAAAUAAAGGUUCUGUUCUGUUUUCUUGUGACUCAGAAACUUUGUCACGUGAUUAUUAAGUAUGAAACAAAUAAGGUAACUGAUGCAUAUGAUAUCAAAUAACCUUAAUAACUUAGAAACCAUGAACACAUUCAGCCAUUAGUGAAAUUCGCGAGAAUGUAAUUCCAUUAGUUUUUUUGAAACCAAAAGUUCGUUGGUUCCAUCUGUCGUGCCUGCCGCUCGAAAAUCUCGAAUUGACGCCAGUUAACAGGGAGGCAAGAACUGAAUUUCAAUCCGAGACAAGUUCAAUGCUGGUUCGACUGAUUGCUAACACUUUCCAUUUUUAAAUUCCUUUUUCUGAAAAAGGAAAAUAUAUCCAAGUCCAAACUGCUGAAUAA